AUGGCCAUCCUGGCCUUCAUCUUUUUGUUGGCCUUUGUCCAAGCUGAAUCUGCAAGCCGUGAGUAUUUAACCAACCACCGGGAUAUUAAGAACACUAUACAUCUUCAUAAGGCCAGUAACCCAAAACAUUUGUACCCCUUGAUGUAGUUUAACCAACAGGCACUUGUGAAGAAACAAAUACGUAAGGAAUGAUCUUGCAAAUCCCAGUACAUAUAAGUCCCAUGAAUCUUAAUGGAUUGAUUUAAAUUCAUGGAAUGUAAAUAUGCCUAACUUUGAUUGGGAUAUGUUCCUGUAUAUUUUAGUGUUUGUUCCAGAUGGUACUAAAAUUAAUUCUGCUUAUUUUUUAAAAAUUCUGAUAACCUGGGUGGUGCCCUGGCUUUUCUAAUCAUAUGCUGAUGUUUCUAAAGUGUAAACUGCGAAGAAGUGGCCUCCUUCAGUAAUAUAUUGCUCAGCCUAAAAAGCAGAGGCAGGCUUUAUAGAUGGUUAUUAUAUAGAUGAAAGUGAGGUGCUGUAAAGGCAUUUGACACUGUCCAGCUGCCCUUUCUGUUUGCAACACAACAAACCUGCAAUGUUGGAAGAACUUUUAGAAUGCAGGGUGUUCAAUCCAAUACGAAAUAAGAAAUCUGUAUGAAUGGGAUUAUACCCCUUAGCAUUUCAAUUUAACCACUUUCCCUAAAGGGCUGCUUUCCCCCAUACAAAUCUGCAGAGAUCCUGAGAUCAUAGACCCUUCUGAGCAUGCCAACCCUCAGAAAGGUCCAGAGGAUGGUGAGGAGAGCCUUCUCUGUAGUGAUAUAUGUCAGAAGCUGCCUAAUAUGGAAUAGGAUGUCCCUAUUUUCAUCGGAAAAAUGUUGGCAAGUAUGACAUGCUUGCUUUCCCAAGCAUUUGGGACGUACCAAUAUGGUACUGUAGCAUUAAAACAAUUUUUAGUAUGCUUACGUCGUUUAUUAUUACUUACAAAAAUGCAGGAUCCUCAACCUGUUUGGGGAGAAGCUACAGAUAUGCAACAUAUAAGGUGUCGGGGCAGGGCAGAACGGGAUUUAAGUUUCAUUUGUCAGCAGAUCACACAAACUGCAUAUGGCAGAGGCUCAAUCUUAUUUAAGGCUUGUAGUUGACACUCUCCAUAAUUUCAGCUUUUAUUUUAGUGAUGCGGUGGCAGCUAGUGAUGUGCACUGUUUGUUUCCCUUUUCAGUGUUAACUUCAAGUCCCAUAUUUGGACCACGGCAGGUGACUGGGUUGCUUGGAGGCUCAGUGACUGUGAAAUGCUUUUACCCUCCCACUAGUGUGAAUAGACACAGCAGGAAGUACUGGUGCAAGGAAUCAACACGGCAAUGUUCAACCAUCAUUUCUAGCAAUGGCUAUGUUGCUGGAGCGUUCAAAGGCAGAGCCUUAAUAACAGACUUUCCAGAGAAUGGCAUAUUCACUAUAUUAAUAUCAGAGCUUAGAAGAGGAGACAUGGGGAUGUACAAAUGUGGUGUUUCACUAAAUGACAAUGGACUGUCUUUCAGAGUGAAGCUGGAUGUUUCCGAAGGUAAAUAUAUAAUGCUACUUUAUUUUCUGUCAGAAGCAGGCUACAAAUAUCCAUUUAUCUAUGGCUUAUUGGAAGAUGAGAUUUUUAGUUUCCAAUUUUUCCUGCUUCAUCCUCUGCAUAACUAAAUAAUCUUAUUGUUUUAUUGUUUUAUUCUGGGACAAACAAAUUCUGAAUACAUAUGAGCUGUGGAUGGGAAUGUAAGUGAGUGGGAAGGGGGGUAACAUAGUGGUAACUGUGUCACUUCUUGACACGAACAGUUGUAGAUGGGGAGUGAGAAAGUCCUUGAAGUCUCCAACUGUUUAAUUACUUUUUUUGGGGGGGGGGAAGCUAAUGGAAGAAAUGUAGGAGGUCAUAACAUGUAGAACCAUGGAGCAAUACAUAGUGCAAUGCAGAACAACAUGAGAUUGUAGAAUGGAAGAUGGAGAAUUGGUAAAGCUAUGUCUCCUUACUAUAGAUUCAACAGUUCCGGAUGAAGCUCAACUCAUUUAUGUUGAGCAGCAUGGAUCAGUGACUAUGAACUGUGACUUGGGUGCGCAAUAUGGAAGUGCUCGGAAGUACCUGUGCAAGAUGUCAAAGAAUGAUUGCUACACUGUUAUUGACUCGUAUGGAAAAAUUGACCCAGCCUACGAAGGAAGAGUUAUGCUGACCUUUCUUGGGACUCCUGGAUCAUUCAGUAUCUUUAUGACCCAGUUAAAGAAGAAAGAUUCAGGGUCAUAUCUCUGUGGAGCUGGAAUCUAUGGGGCAGGGGGAGAAUCCAAGGAACUGGAUAUACAUGUCUAUGAAGGUGGGUAAUGGGCUGGGAGAUUUUGCAGUCCUAAAUGCAAACAAUGUGCCCUCUUAAUCCUUGCCUAUCAUGUCUGAUAAAAUCUAGUAGGCAGGAAUUGACUGGAUGGCUCUAGGGAGUGGACAAUGUCUCACUAUGGGAGGACGUUAUGCCCACUGCCUUGAAGGAGGCCCCUCUUGAAGAGGUCCUCUCUGGAUCCAGAGGUUUUACAAAAUUACGAUCCAGUCUCUAAUAUUCCUUUUACUGGGCAAGGUGAUUGAGAAGGUAGUUGACCAGCUAGCUACGGGUAUGUCUGGAAGAAGCAGAUUAUUUAGAUACAUUCCAGUCCAGUUUCAAACCCAGUUUCAGCACCGAAACAGUGGGAAAUGCGAUCCUGUUGGUUUCCUUGACAUCUCCGUGGCUUUUGAUACCACUGUCUAUCGUGUUCAUCUGGAGCAACUCAAGGAAGUGAGAAUUGUAUUACAGUGGUUCUACUCCUAUCUGCAGUAGUAGUACAGUACUAGGAGAAUGUUUCUUGGCUCCAUGGAUUUUGGGCUGUGGAAUCCCACAAGGGUCCAUUCUGUCUACUAUAUUACAACAUCUCUAUGAAACCAUUUGGAGCUAUCAUCUGGGGAUUUGGAGCAUGGUGUUAUUAGUAUGCUAAAUGUCAUUAAACGUGGCUUCUGUAGUUGACCACUUUUGUAAUGUUUUAUUUUGAAAUCUUUAAGAUAAUAUUUCAGUUUUCCGUUAAUGAUGUUGCUUUGAAUAUACACUUGACUUUAUCCCAUAAUGUUUUAUUCUAUAUUGUUUUAUCUGAUAUUUUAAUGUAAACUUCUUGAAGAUUAUUUUUUUCUUAAAUACAUACAGGGGUAUAGAAAUGAAAUUAACAACAACAGCAACAAUAUAAUUUCAUGCCUUCUCUUUCUCCAGGGUCUUUGGUGCCCAAAGGACAACCUGUAGCAAGAGGAGUCCAAGGUGGAUCAGUGUCUGUUGAAUGCCAUUAUGAUCCAAAAGAGAAUUAUACACGCAAACAGUGGUGCAAGUUAGAAAAAAACAGGUGCCUUCCAUUAAUAAAUGACUUUGGGUAUGUGAUGGAUUCCUAUGAGGGAAGAAUAGUGAUGCAUGAUAACCCAAGUAAUGGAACAUUCACCAUCCUGUUGAAUCAACUGAAUGAGAAGGAUGCAGGGUUCUACUGGUGUGUAGUAGAUGGAAAAGAGGAAAGAAGGUCAGCAACAGAGCUGAAGAUUGUAGAAGGUAACAGACCAUGUUUCUUCUAAUGUGCUUCUCAGCAGAACUAUAUGCCUCUUUUGUUCAGUGUUGCAGAGCCUAAGCUGAUACAGCACAGCAGGAUCAAAUGGAAUCAGUCCUAAAUAUUAUACUUGUUUUUCAAAGGGACUUUGUUGCAGAUAAUGAGAAUAAUCCAGACAGAAGCAAGCUGGAUAUGACAUGAAAUGCAUUAUUGCAUAAAAUACCCAGUCUUGUUUUUGGUUUGUAAAAAAGGGGCACUAUUCACUGGGGGAGAGAGCAGGAUUGGUUCAAUGAUAGGUAGGGUUUGGGAAGAAGAAUGUAACUUAUUUCCUGAGACCCCAGUGAAAUCACCCCUCCCCCAUUUGCAUUAGUGAUAAUGGGAACUUUAUUUCAGUGGAAAUCCUACAUAGAGUGUGGGAGGUGGGUAGAUGGAUAAAUUGCAGUGGGUAGGUGGGUGGGAUGGGUUAGACUGCCCUUCCCAACCCACUGGGGUUUUGAUCCUUGUAGGAUUAUUCUCACAAUGGUAGUUUACACUAAGAAAAAGUGCAUAUUAAAUGUCUCAUUUAAUUCCCAUUAAUUUCAGUAAGAGAGACCAACUUAAUUCUAUCAUUGAGAUGAAUGGGAAUGAAAAGAGAUUUAUUCCUGCUAGAUAAUAGCCAGUUCUUUAAAAUCACAGCAAAUAGUUUCAGACAAACUCAUUUGUGGAUCUGGCUGUCUACAUGUCCUUAUUAGGGUACAUUCAGAAUAGCAAUUCUUUGCAGAUUCUGCUAAAGAAAAUAAGGCAAGGAUAUGCUAUCCAAUUUUGAAAUUUAAUCACUAACUCUGCUUCCUGGUUUUAUUGCUGCUGUUUACCUCCUUGAAGAGAUAGGACUGCUCUGAUAACUGCUUGUCCAGAGCUGCCAUUGUUAUACUCCUCCGCCACUUCUUUCCUUUACAGGAAAUGUGUAUCCAGUGCAGCCAUUCCACUAGAUAGCUUGUUAAUUCCAUCUGCUAAUUUCUUAAGAAGCUAAAAUAGGCUGUCUACACAAAGGGGCGGAGGAAGGGGGUGCGGUGGGGGCGGGGUGCCCCGGGUGUCACUACUAAGGGGUGUGUGCGACCAAAUGCCAGGCUGCACUCUCCGUGGGGCCUGCAGUGUGCCUGAGCUACGCAUCUCUCCUGGGAGUGACACGGUGGCUUGGGCGCCCGCAGGCUCUGUGCUGCCCCAAAUGGUCUGCCCGCCACCUCCCCCUCAGCUGUAGGGCGGCUGAGUGGGAGGAGGCAGACAGACUCCUCUGAGGCCCCAUGGAGUGUCCUGCCUCAGCUUGCCCCAUCCCGCGGGCGGCUGGCCCCAUCCCACGGUCGGCUAGCCCUGCCCCAUGGUGCUCGAUCAGCUUGCUCCGCCACUGUCUAUACAUCAUAUAUUUGAAGCACCUUAAAAACACAUUUCCCCCUGUGCAGAAUCCUUGAGACAGUAGUUUAUCCCUUAUAGAGCUACAAUUCCCAUUCCCACGAUCCCAUUUGGGGAGUGUGCAUGCUUUGAAGGAACUUUAAAGGUAUGGCAUAUACAUUGCCUUUGAGCCUAAUAAUCAGCCAGCAGACCCUGCCACUUCAUAGGCCUAUAAACCUAGGGUUGGAGGUUUCAUUUCGAUUCUUACUAUGCCUUUUAUCUUUCCGUUGAAAGGGAAAAACCCAAAGUACAUUCUACUUGGGUUUUCUGCAGCAAAUACUAUCUAUAAUUGCCUAGUUCAUGCAUUCUAUUUGUCACAUGACAUAUUCAUCUGCUUAGGAAGGUCUGGUCUGGUCCAGUUAGGGGCGUUUGAUGUGAUAUAUUGUAUACCAGCUAUUUCAUUUAAUAAUGCUAAAAUUAGGCUCUCUGUCUUUGAUUUAAAGUGAUUUACUGAUGGCCUAUUUACUUCUAAUUUUCCCCCGCUUUUGAAACAGGGAAACCCAAUUUAGUAAUAGAUAAUGAGAUCAACGCUGUUGUCGGUGCCCCACUGAAACUAUCAUGCUCUUACUCAUGUGAAUAUGCUGAUUAUGAGAAGUAUUGGUGCAAGUGGAAGAAUACUGGAUGUGAACCUCUCGUCUUAUCCACCCAAAAUGAAAACGGCUUGGUGGUUAACUGUGAUGCAACCAACAGAAUUUUGUCGCUGAAUUUUGACCAAGUGUCACGAACAGAUCAAGGGUGGUAUUGGUGUGGAGUCAGACGUGGAGGUCACUAUGCAGAAACAACUGCAAUGCAUCUGGAAGUGCAAGAAGGUGAGCUUCAGUUCUGAUCAGAGGGACAACACAGUAGGUUUCAUAUCCUGUACUGUCCACAGUUUACCAGGCCUAUUAUGGGUUGCUUCCAAAUUUUGACACAUUAUAAUUAGUGAGCACUUCAAGAUGUCCACUCUCAAGUUAUGGAGCAGAUUUAUGCUUGUGGGUCUUUGCCUUUCAUGGAUGACAUGAUUUAGCUAUGCUCCUGGUUUCCUAGAGUGCCAUAAUUCAUAUUUAAACCACUCAGUUAAACAAUUCAGAAGAUACUUUUUCUAUAAUUUGAUUCUGCGAGUAACACAGAUUGGCAACAAUUAAACACAGGUGCAUUUAAAGGCACUUCCACACAACAGAUUAUUGUGGAUUCCUGAGGCAUACAUGCUCUUUUAGCCUCUGCAUAGAGCCCUUUGCCCUUCCUUUGCCAAUAAUUCAUGUUAGUUUACAACAGCUUCUCAUUUUGUCUAAAGCAGGAAUCUAUCACCCAGGAUCUUAAACCAUGGCUUGGCUUAAUAUCCUGGUUUCAUAUCCGUUUCUAUGAUAGUAAACCUUUUGUUUGGACAAAAUGAGAAACUGUAGUUAAUUAAAGCCUCCUUGGUUUUAUUGUGAAUAAUAGGGCAGGUAUGAAGGGGGUCUGUGUGCAAGCAAUAAGCCAUGAUACAACCAUUAUCAGAAGGUACUGACUAUUUUAUUUCUUUCCUGCUUUUUGUUUUCUUAUAUGUUGCUUGAUACCAAUUUCCCAAACAUGCUUAAAUAGUGUUUCAAAACCCUAAAGAAGAUUCCAGUGCCGACAAAGAACCCAGUGAUAUAAUUCCUGAAGUCAACCCUAGAAGCAGGGGCCUUCCCUUAAAUGAAGCUAAGGAGGCAACUGGAGUUGAUAGCCCAGUAGACAGGUGAGCGACUGUAAAAGCCUUAAGGAUGAUGUGUGAGUGCAUUGUAUAAGGAGAAGCAAGGGAUCUAAAAGAAGAAGCAAGUCACAUUUUGUUACUGAAUUUAUCAUUUUGAGCAAUCAGAUAAACUGACAGUUAGCACUUGCUGAGGGCCAGGCCUGCUCCCCUUUGUGUAAAAAUAGAGUCCAAUUUGAAAUACAAAGAGAACACACAGAGGAAGAGUGCAGAGCCAGUUCUCACCCGCUUCCUGUGAUCUACCUCCCUGCAGCUUUUCUCCCCAGACAUUUUUCUGCUUGUCAGAGAAAAGGGCUUGAGCUGAGGAAUGAGAAGCAGAAUGGUAGGAGAAGGGUCCUCUAUUUCUCACCUGUAUGUCCCUUUGCUUUCAAAAUUAGACCUCCCUCCCUCUUUCUGUGUGAUUGGGGCUCUUCCAUGUUGAAAAACUCAUGGAGCUACCAUAAGCAUGUAAAGUUUGCUCCUAAUACUAAUAGAUUCUGGGAAUGUACCUGAAGUAUUUAAAAUAUCGUAAGAAUAUAAGUAACACCAUGUCAACAGAGUAUUUAGGCAAGUUUAUCUGUUUCCUAAAAUUUGUAUGCACUGGUUAUUCAUUCUAAAGUUACUACAGUUCCAAUUCAACUUCUCUUUCAGCCAUGAAGAUAGCAAAAAUUCCUCAGUUCUGGUCUCCACUUUAGUCCCCCUUGGAGUUGUAUUUCUGCUUCUUGUCGCAAUUGGUAUUGUUGUGAAGCGCAAGGUUUUCAAGCAUUCAGGUGAAUCUAUACAAGUUCUAGGGUGUGUGGAAUAUAAUUGUAAAUUUAUGUACUUUUUGUUGUAAUUUGAGUUAUAAUUUUAAUUUUGUUAUAAUUUGAGCACUUGAAUUAUCACUUCCCAAACAAUAUAUUGUGAACAUUAGCAAGGUGAACUUCAGAAACGUUUUCCUUGGGUUCAUGUUGCCUUGGGAUCUCUCUUUGUCUCUGAACUCCUGUUAGAAACAACUCACAGGCCAUGAAUGCCCAGAUGCACUUGAAGGCUCAUAUACUCUAUGAAGCUAUACUGGCGUCCUUUUGUCUUCUGGAUCACGGUUAAGAGUAAGAGUGUAAUGGUCCUGGUAUGAAGUAUUCACAUGGGUGGCACAGCAGCACAAUCACUAAUUCUACCUGUUAGCCUGAUGAGAGACCCACAAAUAUUUUCUCUGGCUGAAAUCCUAUGCUUGCUUUCUUUGUAGCUGCAAUGAAUGAAGAGGACCUUGCUUCAGAAUUUGAGAUGGGUUGAUAUGUCUCAAUAUUUUGGCUUCUCUCCAUGUCUCAUCCGCCCCCCCCCCCAGUCUUAAGUUCAGUUAUCCACAUUUCUACAUCAGUUUGCAUUUUUUUAAGUCCUCACGGAAAUUCAUUAGCAUUUUUGUGCAAAUUUCUCCUACUAUGUAUGUUUUUUAUAUGCAAUUUUGCAUAAAGUACACAAUUUUUGUAAACCAUUUUUUUUCUGAUAUAAUGCAUUAUUUUCACCAGUAUAUGUAUUUAUAUGCACAAUUUACCACAGUAUUAUGGAUUUUUGUUCACAUUAUGUGGCUGAAGAACUGCAUUGCAUUUCCCCACUCCUUUCUACAGAUUUGGUCUCAGUUGGAAGCUACAGGACAAACAUCAGCAUGACAGAUUUUGAGAAUGUGAGACAGUAUGGAGCAAAGGACAAUGUAUGCAUGGAAGAUGCUAAUGAGACCCAGUUAGGGACCAUGGAUGGUAAGACCCCUGUAUAACAUUUACUCUAGCUACAACUAGGUGUUAAUGGGGAGAGACAAUGCAAUAUAGUGAUUCAGUUAAGAAAGUUGUGUAUUCAUGGAAGAGCUUUCUUUUAUUUUCAUGUUCAGCCCCUUAACAUCUCUCAUUCUUUACAGAGAAUAUAACCAGUGGCAGUCCUAAGGAGACUGGUAAACCAAAGAAGACAAAGAGGGUAAGAGCGAGCUAGAUUAACAGGACUAUAAUAGUCCCUUGGUAAUCCCAGUUACGAAGCAGGGGGAAAAAACACCUUAUUUUAAAAGCUUCUAGUGUUCUUUGCAUGUUACUGUAUUAAGCAAGGACUUUGGGGGCGGUUCCCCCUAAACUGUCACACUCCUUCCCUUCCUUUCAGAAGGAUGCACAAACCGUUAGUUAGUUUAAUUUGUUAUUUCUCUUCCUUUUUUAAAAAAGUCUACUUUCUUUUCUUUUGUUGUCUGUUGAUUGUAGUUUCACAUUAACUGUUGUUUAAAUUUACGUUUCAGUUUGCUAGCCCCUUUGUGAACCAUCAUGGAUGAAAAAUGGUAUAGACUGUUGCAGGCAGUAAACUAGUUAGAUCAAACUAGCUGCCUUCAUGUGUGCAGCACAUGAAAGGGUGCCCCAGGGAAUGCUGGGAAUGCUGCUGGUUUCACCCCUGGAUGGUCACACAUUGGUAUGGAUGCCUGCAUUAAAGGAGCAAAGCGUGUGAGAAUCUGUGUGCAUGCGGGCUUCCACAUUACUGAUCAUGCAGGGGUGCAAAUCAUAUGAAAACCUACCCAUGAGCAGCUGCUUCUUUGAUGCAGACAUCUAAGAUAUCUCUGAGUGCUUCACAAACUGGAGCUCUCUCUGAGAAAGCGGCCAUUUUGUCACAUGGACCAAGUUAAAAUAGUACUGGGGUUUCUGUUUGUUCUUUUAGGGCUCCACGGAGGAAAUUGAGAUGGCUUAUACCACAGUCCUGCUGAAUGAAGGCAACAAGACCCCUGCAAGAAGAGACCAGGAACAAUAG